UGAGCCGUUCUCCAGGAAAACCUGCCAAAAUGACAUCGAUUAUGACGUUGGGAAUUUCCCGAUAAAUAUGACGUCAUACUUGAAAGCAUAUGUGAGUUCAGUGACCUUUAUGUAUCAGUGUUUACAUGAUAAAUUUUGACAUUUUCUGGAUAUUAAAAUGGAUAACGAUAGAGAGGAUUUGGAGAGUUUGCUUUCCGAGCAUUUUGGUGUGACGCCCGUUUCGACACCCUGGGGAUCGCAGGAGGAGGUUGAUGUAUCUACCCUGUGUUUAGACUCGGACGAAGAUGAUCCCGAGUUAGAUGUUGAUCAGCGGGUCCAAGACUACAUAGACACGCUUCCAGAUGACACAACAGGGGCUUCUGUUACUAGUGACAGUGAGGGUGAAGCAGAAGUUGAUUGUGAUCUGCCCCAAAAUGACGAAGACGUGAACAUAAUUACCCUUUAUCAUAAGAAUGGUUGUGGGUGCAAGAAAAACUGCAUUAAACAGUUUACUGUUUCUGACAUUUUUGAUCACAUAUUGAAUAUUAGGGAAAUGGAAAAGCAAGAUAAAGAACUGUAUAUAAUGGCAACUGUAGUAAACAGCCCUCAGAAUGAAUUGACAAAGCGCGGGAAGAAACGUCAGAAAGGUCACCAUGACUUUCCAUUAGUGGGGAAACCAGUGUGUAGGGACUGUGUUUAUGUUGGCCUUGAUAUCAAGCGGAGCGCUCUUCAAAAUAUCCUAACACAUGUUGAUUCAGGCAUGGUGUGGUUCAAAGGGAAAAAACCUGUCAAAUCUUUAAAGUUUUUUGAAGAUAUUAAACAUGCGGUGACAUAUGUUUCCCAAACUGCUGAAGACAUUAGGUAUACCACAACCGGCUCUGCACCACGUGGAUCAGACAACAUACCACCAGUUUACUUUACCAAGUGCUACUACAAAACUUGA